CUCGAAAACCCUACCUCCAUCAAUCGUUCUCUUUUCCCUUCAAAGUUACAAUUUUUUUGUCUCUGAAAUCUCGAAGCUUUUGACUCUACAGUAAUGGCGGGAGGAAAAAUCAGGAAAGAUAAACAGAAAGGAGGUGGCAGUCAUUUUCAAGGAGGAAUCCCAUUCCAUAAAUCUAAAGGACAACAUAUUCUGAAAAAUCCAAUGUUGGUAGAAUCAAUUGUUCAAAAAGCUGGGCUUAAACCUACUGAUGUUAUUCUGGAAAUUGGUCCUGGUACUGGAAAUCUUACUAAGAAGCUUCUAGAAGCUGGUAAAAAAGUUAUUGCUGUUGAAUUGGAUCCUCGUAUGGUUCUUGAACUUAAACGACGUUUUCAGGGUACCCCUUUGUCUAAUCGCUUAGAGGUUAUCCAAGGAGACGUACUUAAGUGCGAUCUUCCAUACUUUGAUAUUUGCGUAGCCAACAUCCCUUACCAAAUCUCUUCUCCACUUGUGUUCAAAUUGUUGGACAUCAAUCAAAAGCAAAACUUUCGAUGUGCAAUCAUAAUGUUCCAAAGAGAAUUCGCGAUGAGGCUGGUUGCGCAACCCGGUGACAAGCUAUAUUGCCGUCUCUCAGUGAACACACAGCUUCUUGCUCGGGUCUUCCAUCUCCUUAAAGUAGGAAAAAACAAUUUCAGGCCUCCACCUAAGGUGGACUCAUCCGUUGUUAGAAUAGAACCUAGGAGACCUCUUCCUAUUCCAGCAGGUAAGCUUAAGGAGUGGAAUGGGAUGCUCUCACUUUGUUUCAGUCGAAAAAACAAGACUCUUGGGUCAAUUUUUGGUCAGAAAAAGAUUCUUGAGGUUCUCGAGAAGAACUAUCGGACCUUAGAGUCUUUAGGGCAAUUAAAGAAUGAUUUGGAGCCAAUUGAUAUGUCCGUCUUAGCUGAUGAGAAAGACGACCAAAGAGCGUUUCUUGAUCAAGAUAUGGACAUGGAGGGUGGAAAAGCCGAUGAAGAUGAAAUGGAAAUUGAAGGUUCAGAUGCAGACUCCGACAAUGAUGUGCAGGUCAAUGAUUCUGAUUUUAAAGCCAAAGUGAUCGGUGUGCUAAAGCAGUAUGACUAUGCUGACAAAAGGUCGUCAAAACUCACACAAAAUGAGUUCAUACACUUGCUGUCGGUUUUCAACCAAGCUGGUAUUCACUUUACUAGUAGUAAAUAGUGUUCUUGUUUGAAUGAGGCACCGAAUUUUGAUUCUUGUUUUUAUUGUUCCCUAUUUAAUAUUAUAGUUUGUGUGGCUACAAUUUUAGAUCAAAAAUUUUUUUCAUUCCAUUUUGUUUGCAUAUUUGUCAUCUCAUUAUGAUACUUCCAUGGGAGCACUGUGGUAGAUAAGAAAGGUAUUGUGUGAUCAAUUUAGUAGGGUGUGUAAAUUUACUUCCCUGAAUCAAUUAAGCAAAUUGUGUGAA